AAAGUUUAUUAUGCACACAAAAAAAGUUGCUUACUUAAACCCUCACUCAGAUUCCAUUCCUCGUCUGCCACAAAACCCUUUCUCACCUUUCUCUCUGUUUUGCCGGAGACACCGAUCACCACCGUCUUUCUCUUGUUGAUUUCUCCGCUCAUAAUUCAACUCAAUUACAAACAUAUGGAUUUCCAGAAAAUUUGGCCAUAGUCUUUUGUAACGUUAAACCGCCGAUAUAUCCUUGAAUUACAUAGUUUUUGUAAAUUUGAGGAUUCUCAAUUCUAGUAAGUUCAAGAUGAGUUUAAAGGUUAAACGUACAAAUUGGGUGGGGAAUAUUUACCAGAAAUUUGAAGCAGUGUGUCAUGAGGUGGAUGGUAUUGUAGGCCAGGAUGCUGUUAAAUAUCUUGAGAAUCGGGUCCUGAAUGUUGGAGAUAAUAUGAAAAAGUUAUAUUCUGAUGUUGUACAUGAGCUACGACCUUUUCCUGCCUUGUCCGGUCCCGCUCCUACAAAAUAUGAAGCUCAUUCCGUUGCUUUAAAAAAUAGUAUUGGCUUAUCAUUUAAGUCGGUUUGUAGUGUUGAAGAUAAAGAUAAAAAUGAAAAUGGGGUUGAGGAAAACCCUGUAAAUAAUUUUAUUGAAUCAUUGCAGGAUUGUAAUGCAAUUGAUAUUGCCAAUGAUCAACUAGCUGGUCAUCCUGACAAACACGAACUUGUAAAUCAAGUAAAUAGCAAAACUCACACGGAUUCCUUGGAGGGGGAAGAUUCUUUCAUAACUCGAAAAGAGGUUAGUGAUGACUCUAGAGAAACUUCUGUGGGCGAAAAAGAAAACUUGCAAUCAAGCAUUGAAGAGACUGCCAUCAAGUCUGCAUCUGAGCUAGAUAAUUUGAUAUCUGAUAAAGAGACGGAACCCCUUGAAUUCUCAAUACAUAGUCAAUCCUGUUAUGGUUCUUCUGAUAGUGCAUCUGGAGUUUCGGUGGGAAUUAAGGAUACUAACAAAGUAAAUGUUGAACAAGACCCAUGUUUGAUUUUAGAAGAAAAUAAUAUGAAUUUAUCUAGUGCUGAAGUGGUGAAUGUCACAUCUGUUGGCAAGACAGAAUUAAGUAAAGCCUCCUUAUUCAACGAAUCAACUGAUGUAGAUAAGGGUGAUAAUGAUAUACUAGCUGAAGUUUCACCUGCUGUAUCGUCUGCAUCAUGCAAAAGGCCUAAUAUCACAGAGACAGGAACUUCAGACUUCAAAUGUUCUUUAGUUUCUGACAGUCCAUAUUCAGAAUCUUACAAAUGCAGUUCAGGUUAUGUUGCUUCGUGUAUUUCAGAUAGUUCCAUGGCACAUGCAUGCUGUGAGUCCUCCCAAAUAGCUGGCCAGGUCAAGGAAUCUGAUGAUGGAAUAAUUUCCUCUUGUCAUUGUCAUUCAAUGGAAUCAGAUGAUGAAUCACGUUCUAUUGAAUUAAGCUUGGAAGACAUUCAAUUGAAUAAUGAUACAAAGCUUGAAGAAAGCUGUGUAUUUGUGGCUGAUAGUGAACUGUAUGCAGUCGCAUACAGAAUCCAAAAGCUUAGAUCGUACAAGAAAAGAAUCCAGGAUGCAUUUGCUUCGAAGAAGAAGUUAGCAAAGGAGUACGAACAACUAGCAAUAUGGUAUGGAGAUGCUGAUAUGGAGCCAAGUCAAGAUAUACCACAAACUCGCGCCCUAUUUAGUUCCAGAACAUAUUCAAACUCAAGGGAUUUGCAAAUGCAGCAAGCUUCUGAAAUAGAGUGGGAGCUACUAUAAAUACAAUCAGGUGGCACGUGAUGUAAAUAAGGAACAAAUGCUAAGGCAUCAUUUAUUUGCACUUGUGCAUGUCAAAAGUGACUGUGCUUGCUGAAAUUAUAUUGUCUAGGUUUCCGUGAAUAACAUGCUAAAAUAAUAAACUAUUUGCUGUUUGAGUUA